AUGGUGGACUACAAAAGAAUUGUCCAUGAAUGAUCUUUAGAAAACUAUUCACAACACAUGGAGGGUGAUCUGCCUCCCCAAGGUGAAGUUCAAGAUGAUUUCUAUGGCAACAGGGGGCAGGAGUCUCCUGGCAACUGUUCCUAUAGUUACAGGCUUGACAGUGGGGUUUUUGAUGAACCUGUUGAUUCAAGUAAGAAGGAACAGGAUUAUAGCUCUGGUGACAGAGAAUUGGGAAGAGCUAACAGCCUACCUGUGACAGGUCAUGAAGAAGGAGAAAGAGAUUUACAAGAACUGAACUCUUCUCUGAAACUGAGUCAUGAAUCUGAAACUCAGUCAUAUGGUGACAGAGGGCAUAAAAAGGAUUUAACAAACGAGAGAGGGUCAAGAAUUUUGAAGAAUGAAGCAGAAGAUGACAGUUCAAGGGAUUCUAUCUCAGCAAUUGAACAAAUGUCUUCAUUAUCACCAUCUAAUGAAGACGGAAACAAAUCCAUAAAAGCGGAGCAAAGUAAAUUAAGCUGCUCUGGAAAUGAAAUCAGCAAAUUUCAAGCCACCAAGGAGGCUCAGUUUUCAUCCUCGGUUCCAUCUCAUGCACUGAAGGCACGUAAACAAAGAGUGAAAAGAAGCAAACUUGGUGUUUUCAGGCCACGCUCCAAGAGUUGGAGCACAUAUGGUGCCAUGGAAUGUUCCUCUGGUGAGCAAACCCAGUCAUGCCCAUCACUGAACAGUGACGGGCCACCAGAGGGUGCUGAUUGCGGGGGUUCCAAGGACCCUCCAGAGUUCUCAUUCCGCAGGAUCAGCACUCGUCACAAGUUUACUCUCAUUUCUAUUGCGUUUGUGAACUUUUGUGCCAGUGCGGCAUUUGCUCUGUUGGCACCAUUCUUCCCACAAGAAGCGUCUGUGAAAGGUGUUAGCCAGGGGAUCACUGGGAUGAUAUUUGGGACAUAUGAGCUGGUGAUAUUCCUCUCCUCCCCAGUUUUGGGCAGUCUGAUAACAAAAAUUGGAGCCAAGUUCAUGUUUGUGGUGGGUGUGUUGGUAUCUGGAAUAUGUGGAGUGUUGUUUGGGACUUUAGACAUGUGUCCCCCGGGGACUAUUUACAUUGUCAUGUGCUUCCUGACACGCUCAGUGGAGGCCCUGGGAAGCUCAGCUGUACUUGUGGCAAGUUUUGCCAUCGUGGCCCAUGAAUUUCCAGCCAAUGUGGCAACAGUUUUUGGUGCUUUGGAGACGUUUAGUGGGUUUGGGAUGAUGGUAGGUCCGCCGCUAGGGGGUGCCCUGUAUCAGUACUGGCAGUACCCCCUCAGGUAUCAUGAAGUCCCGUUUGAAGGAUCGCUUAUCUCCUUUUUCCUGAAGCCUUCCGCUUUUGUCAUAACCGUGUCCAUCGUGAUAGGAUCAUUUGGGAUGGGAUUUCUCGACCCUACCUUAGCUGAACAUUUUGUGGAGUUUAACCUGUCUCCUUUUUGGGUUGGAUUGAUGUUUUUCCUGGCACCAGCCGUCUACGCCCUGACUGCGCCUGUCUUUGGCUGGAUUGGAGACAAUAAGGGCUACACCAUCACAAUGAUUGUAGGCGGCAACAUACUGACAGCCGUUGCUUUUGUUCUCAUCGGACCAGCACCUUUUCUUAACAUUAAAUUAGAACUUUGGCUGGAGGUUGUCUCCCUUGUACUGAUGGGAUUAUUCCUAGGGUGCGCUUUGAUACCCACCUUCAAGGCACUGUUGGACUCUGCAAGUGCCAAUGGUUACCCUGAAAGUUUUGCCACAUACGGGAUCGUGUCAGGGUUGUUUAAUUCAGCUUUCUCUUUCGGGUCAUUUCUUGGACCUACCACACUGGGUGGUAUUGUCAGUGACAAACUUGGUUUCCCUUGGACUGCCUGUAUAUGUGCUUUAUGCUAUAUCAUGGCUGGUGUUCUGGUGUUACUGCAAGUGUGUAUACAACGGCAACAUGCACAUGUCAAGAAUGAGAAAGGUAGAGCAGAUGAACGCACACCUAUCCUACAGACACAGUUCAGUCCUACAGACCUGCCUGGUCCUCAAAACUACCAGUGUGUUUGAAAUCCAACAACAUUUAUUGUUCGUGUUAUCAGUGUUAUUAGUCUUUAGUACAUGUAGCUUGUAACUUUUACAUGGUUCAAACAGUGAGAGCUUAAUUUUCGCUAUAGUUCAAGUUAUCAGCAGGGUUGUUUUCAUUGCAGACAAUGAGCCAGUGACCAAUAUCCAGCUGUCUGUCUGGUUAGACUGUAGCUAAAUUGAGAAUAAGCUUAGUACAAUUUACAUUUUUCUGUUGUUUGAUUUACGAAUCAGUUAUGAAAAGAUAAAAACAAAAAACAAAACGAAUCAAUUAUUGUACUGUAACAUAUAUAUAGAUAUUAAAUAUUAUUUGUAUCUUUGCAGACAAUCAAUGAAGUUUUGUACACCAAAGAGAUUCUGUUCAGAGAUCUAUAAUUUUGAAUUUGAUAUGUUCAUGUGACUAACCAUCAUGGGAUUAUAUCAAGUAUUAUAUCUUUGCUUGCUUUGUUCAAGCUGAUUUCAAACAGAUUUACAUUUAUGUUUCAUAUCAAGUGGAAUGUAUAUUUACAUGUUGAUUUUUAUACAGAUGUUUUUAUAUACGUGGUUUAUUUUUAUUAGACUGCCCUUUGAGAAAUAUUCUUAAAAUUUGUUAAUAUUUAAUCAUACCAUUAUGUAGAAGUAUUUUCUCCUCUUGUAUUGUUAGAUGUUGUAUUAUUUUUUAAAUCUAAUUUUAAUACGUACUGGUAUAUAUAGGUGUGGAGAAAUGGUUUUUCAAUAUGUAUGUAAAGUAUGCUCAAGGAACAGGGUGGUACAUCCUGGGAAAAGAGUUUAGUUUAUGAUAAAUCCCUCAAAGUACUUGAUUUAUUGAGUGGUAAGUGUCAUAAUGCAUUAUGUUGGACAAUGGAUUGAUAAAUAAUCUGGCAACUUAGUAGCCUGAAGAACAGAAGCUAGAUCAAUAGGGGAGUGAGAGGAACAGAGGCUAGAUCAAUAGGGGAGUGUGAGGAACAGAAGCUAGAUCAAUAGAGCAGAGUGUGAGGAACAGAAGCUAGAUCAAUAGAGGAGAGUCUGAGGAACAGAGGCUAGAUCAAUAGAGGAGAGCGAGGAACAGAAACUAGAUCAAUAGGGGAGUCUGAGGAACAGAAACUAGAUCAAGAGGGAAGUGUGAGGAACAGAGGCUACAUCAAUAGGGAAGUGUGAGGAACAGAGGCUAGAUCAAUAGGGGGAGUCUGAGGAACAGAGGCUAGAUCAAUAGAGGAGUGUGAGGAACAGAAGCUAGAUCAAUAGGGGAGUGUGAGGAACAGAGGCUAGAUCAAUAGGGGAGUGUGAGGAACAGAGGCUAGAUCAAUAGAGGAGAGUCUGAGGAACAGAGGCUAGAUCAAUAGAGGAGGCUGAGGAACAGAAGCUAGAUCAAUA